AUGCAUGAAGCAUCUAAAGAUCAUAUUCAUAAAUUUAUGGAAUUAGUUCGUUUAGAAAAAAACAGAACUACUAUUGCUGAUGCGUUACAUAAAUGUGCUCAAGUAACACUACUCUUGGGGAAACAAGAGUUGGCAUUUAUAGGCCAUGAUGAGAGAUCUACUUCCUCAAACCAGGAUAAUUUCCGUGAAGUAUUUAAUUUACUUAUUAAACGGAAUGAUGAAUUACUAUUACAUUACAAUAAAUUUAGUAAUGUUUUCACCGGACAAUCAAAAACAAUCCAAAAUGAGAUCAUUCAUUGUGUGUAUGAGUACGUACUAGAUGUGAUCAAAUCAGAAACUAAUGAUGUUUCUUUGUUUUCUGUUAUAUCAGAUGACACUACUGAUAUUGUUGAAAAGUCACAAUGUGCAAUAACUCUAAGAUAUGUUAAAAAAAAAAUUGGUGAAUUAAAAGAAAGUUUUUUAGGCUUCCAUGAUGUGAGUUGUAGUAAGAAUGGUAAAGCUCUUUUUAGUUUACUAACAACAAUACUAGAUCAUUUUAAUUUUAAAACAAAGUUGAUAGCUCAGUGUUAUGAUGGAGCAAGUGUUAUGGCUGGGCAUGUUAACGGACUUCAACAACUAAUUAGAAAUGAAGCACCACACGCUCCAGAAUAUUUUUUUCCGCACUUUUAG